CGCACUUGAUGCUGAACUCAGUUUGGAGAGAGAGAUGGACCUGCGCGCGCCUGCGGUUAUUGUUGCGCGUUCUGGUGUCACAUCGGGAAGGAAAGAAAGAAAAUAAGAGGAGAGUGAGAGACCGUGUCUCUGUGUGGGAGAGAGAGAAAUCCAGAGGCCGUCGCGUCCAUAUCGAGUGCAGUUUUAGAGCGUAGGUUUCGAGCGCGUAAAGACCCUGGAAAGCAACAUUGGUGCAGGUCUGUUGCGCACUUAUUUUCAAGUGUCCGGAGUCGUUUUCAGCCUGUCUGUUUUUAUUUUUCGUCUUAGUUGUUUUUUUCUGUUAUUGUGUACGCAUCCGUUGCGUCGUGUCGCGUCGCGUCAUCUGCAUUUAACGUAUAUUAAGUGGGAAAGUUGGAAACGCCUGUGCUCCUUUGCUCAGACUGCUCUUGCGUCCCGUGUGAUCUGAAAGAGGCUGUAACCACACGGAAACAUGGAUAUAAACGUGAUGGAAAUAAUGAAAGAGAAGUGUCAGUCCACAGUGGAUGACUGCGGACUCAACGCGUCUCUGGCGGCUGACGCGCGAAACGCGACGCUUGGUGGUGGUUUGACGUAUGAGGGCAUGUCGCCGUUGAUACUGGUAAUCACGGCGGUUUACUCAAUGGUGUUCGUCGUGGGUCUCGUCGGGAACUGUCUCGUCAUGUAUGUCAUUAUCAGGUACACCAAGAUGAAGACAGCCACUAACAUCUACAUCUUUAACCUGGCGUUAGCCGAUGCGUUGGUCACCACCACGAUGCCCUUUCAGAGCGCCGACUACCUGCUCAACUCGUGGCCCUUCGGUGAAGUCGUGUGUAAGGUCUUCAUCUCCAUCGACUACUACAACAUGUUCACCAGCAUCUUCACUCUCACCAUGAUGAGCGUCGAUCGCUACGUGGCCGUGUGUCAUCCGAUUAAAGCGCUGGAUUUCCGCACGCCGCUCAACGCCAAGGGCAUCAACGUGGGAAUAUGGAUGCUGUCGUCAGCCGCGGGGAUUCCGGCCAUGGUGCUGGGAGGGACGCAGACUAACAAUGGCACCGCUGAAUGCACGUUGCAGUUCCCCGAUCCGUACGAAUACUGGGACACCGUGAUGAAGAUCUGCGUCUUCGCCUUUGGCUUCGUGGCGCCCGUCCUCAUCAUCAGCGUCUGCUACUCGCUCAUGCUCCUGCGCCUGCGCAGCGUCCGCCUGCUCUCCGGCUCUCGAGAGAAAGACCGCAACCUCCGCCGCAUCACUCGGCUCGUCCUGGUGGUGGUGGCGGCUUUCAUUAUUUGCUGGACGCCCAUUCACAUCUUCAUCCUGCUCAGAGCGCUGGUGGCCGUUCCGGAGACGACAGCUGUCAUGGCUGCCUACUUUCUGUGUGUGGCGCUGGGUUACACCAACAGCAGCCUCAAUCCCAUCCUUUACGCCUUCUUGGACGAGAACUUCAAGAGAUGUUUCAAAGACUUCUGUCUGCCGGUCAGGGGACGAGCCGGAGGUAUGGGGGUGAGCGGAGGAAGGGUUACGGCAUCCAGGGAAGCCCCCGAGCUUGCGGAGAGCCCACCCAGGACAGCAAAGCCGGCAUGACUAGCCGUGGAACUGUCCACCAUAACGCAGGCCGGGAAGGAGGAUACGAACACGUUAGGAUUGACGCAGGUUUCUUCUGUGCUAUGAUAGUUGCGAAACGUUGUGCAACAGAGUUAUGCACAGCAAUAGGACGAAUGCGAAUGGCCGGAUUUUGGCAUUAGGACUGGUUUGCAUAUUGUAAUGAAAAAGAGAGCAGAUUUUAAUACUGAAUAAGCGCUCGGUGCACGUGCUCGCCAAAUAAGAGCCAUUAAGAGCUGUAGUGCUCAUGGGGACACAGGUUCAAAUGUGCCAAUAUUCCUCUUAAUUCAAGGCAAAGAGCCCAUAAAGCAGGUAUUCAUGUUACACAACAGAAAAUCACAUGGUGCGUGAUCCCAUCACACAACCUGGUUUUGUGUUAACCUCAAUUAAUAUAAUGUAUCGCUUUAUUGGUUUGGUAGAAAACAAACAAGUCCUUGGGCUGCAUGCAGAAAAAUGACCCGAGAAAAAAAAUCCAUGGGUUGAAUCGAGCAGCAUUUUUUUUUCUCGGGUCAUUUUUCUCUCUGGAGAAUUCAAUACACAAGCUUUCUUUCUAUAAUUAAAAUGAGAAAUAAUAAGUAAUGUUUUGCAAAAAUAAAUAGCCCCGUGCCCAGAGAAUUGUAAUGCAGAAAAUGUUUACGGUCUUUGUAAAGUUGAUUUUUCCCUUUUUUAUUUUGGAGUAAAACGGAGUGAGAUUCACACAGAAAGUAUUGUCCUUUAAGAAAGAAAAUGAAUACAGUGAAUGAGGCUGGUUGAGUUAUUUUAUGUUUUUAGGAAUUUUAACAGAUAUUGUAAAUAAGAUACUAUACAGCCACGGAAAACAUUAAGAAACCAUUUCAAAAUCGAUUCAGAAUUAUUUACAGGUAUGUGUUUAGGGAAAAUGAUCAUUUUUGUUUCUUUCUAUAAACUACAGUACUAACACUAUUUUUUCCCAAAUUUCAAAUCAAAAGAUUGUUUCUAUUUGCAUUUAUUUGCAAAAAAUGAAAACUGGAGAAACAGGCGAAAAUAACAGAAAAGUUGCUCUGAUGUAUUUGUUCAGACCUCAAAUACUGCACAGAAAACAGGUUCAUAUUCACUUUCAAGUAAUACAGUCAUAUUUCUACAUGUAUUUAGGAAAAAGAUCAACAGUUGUUUUUGUUAUAACCUGGAUUUUUAUCACAGUUUUCAUGCGUCUUGUCAUGCUGUCAGUCGUUCGCAUUGCUGUUGGAUGACUUUGUGUCACUCCUGAGGUUUGAUUUUGUUGAAAUUCAACAGACACUGGACUGGAAUGACGAUUUCAGAAUGCUCUCUUCGUUUUUUCCGCGGCUGUCUGUCUCAGAGAGCUGUGUGACUUUCGUUUUUAUUUUAAUUCAUUCUGGUCUGUCUCGUGACCCAAUUAACUAACCUCUAGUUCUGUCUGAUUGUUUAAUGGAUUAAUGGCUGUCUGUGCAGGAAGGUAAAGAUCGAAUCAUUCCAUAUUUCUCUGACACAACACAUAGGGAGUACAAAUCAGCUCACAAAUGUUUCUUGACACUAAUGUGUCUCCGGGGUUGAAGGUACACACCGCCAUUGCGUGAGUUUGUGUGUGUGCGCGUGCCAGUAAACACAACUGCUUGUAAUCUUCUUUGAGUUUUGUGUAUUGCAACAUGAGUCUCAAUGCUGUCAGGGUCUCUAUAUCGACAUUUUUUUUUUUUUGCUGAAAUAUGUUACUAAACCUAACACCUUUUACACAUACACCAAGUGGACUGCUUGUAUGCAAAUGCAACGUAUCUGUGAUGUGGCAUUAUUUCAGGCUUGUAUACCUUAAGGCAUCGUAGUGGCCUUUCUGCAUGUCUGUGAGCUUUGUGAAGCUGUAAAAAUAGAGUAAAAAGUGUUUACAUAACUCGGUCGCUGUAAAGUCCUGCUUGUGCUGCUUUAAAAGCUUCACAGAUGUUUAAAAUCUGUGACUGUAUGUACAAGAAGCUACUGUAAAAAGUAGGCUAUAUUUAUGUAAAUUUGUGUAACUUCUAUGAAAUAACGAGUGUUUUAUUUUUAGCUUUGUUGUGUAUUUCCGCACUGAAUCUCCACCAAUGACUUUUUUUCACUAUAAAAUAAACUAAGCGCAUACACGUUUGCAAUCAGUUAUUCGGGUGAGUUGAAUGACUCUUGUUUGUUGUAAUGAUAAAUGAGAUGUGAAUGAGCGCAGGAGAGUGUGUGUAUUUUUAUGGGUGUUUGUGUAUGUGUGGUUCUUUGAAAUCAAAUUUGACCUUUAACCUGCUGUAAUGAGAAAUGGCCUCUGAUUUGCCACCCUCUUUCACCCUCUUUCUCUCUCUCUCCCCAAUAUGUACUUUUAAAAUGGCUUUGAUUCUGAGCUCUGCUAUUAAACAUCUUGA